AAUUCUGCUAUAAUAAAAUCAUGUCGAUCUCGAAAAAUCAUUUUUCUUCUUUUACCAUGGCGGACUUUUCAGAUUCCAUGAAAAAGUUCGGUGCAGCAUCUUCAACGUUUUUUAAUAGAGCCAAACAGUACACGGAAGAACAAUUUGGAAAAUCCGAGGCUACUGUUUUGGAUGCAAGGUUUAUGUCAUUAAAUGAAAAGGCUGACCGAACAAAAUGUCGAACCGAACAACUCCUAAGACAAACUGAAACUCUCCUGCAGCCAAACAUUGGCUAUAGGGCUGAAGAGUAUCUUCUGGAUAAGCUUGAGAAAAAGAAACCUGAACGAAACACAAACCUUCAGACACUUGGUCAGUUUAUGAGAGAUGCAGGUCAUGAAUUUGGACCUGGUACUAGUUACGGAAGUGCAUUGAUUAAAGUUGGAACAACAGAGCAAAUGCUGGGUGCAUCUGAGAAAGAAUUCAUGAAAAAAACAGAUUCUCACUUUCUUCAUCCUUUACGAUCCUUCUUGGAAGGUGAUAUGAAGACUAUAGCGGCUGAGAGAAGAACAUUAUUUGCUAAGAGGUUAGAUCUUGACUCAUGUAAAGCCAAAGUAAAGAAAGCUCAGUCACCAGAAAAGAUGCAACAGAUGCAUUCUGCAGCUGCCAAAAAUAAGAAUACUAAUAGCUUGUUUCUCAUAAAUGAAUUGGACCAGGCUGAACARGAAUUAAGAGUUGCACAAGCAGAAUUUGAUAGACAGUAUGAAGUAACAAAGCUGCUUCUUGAUGGAAUCAAUACAGCUCAUGCAAGUCACCAUCGUGCUUUAUUAAGCUUUGUUGAAGCCCAGGCGCAAUACUAUGCACAGUGCCACCAAUACAUGCAAGAUCUCCAACGUCAAUUAGGUUCCCCCCCUGGUGACAUCAUGCCACCAGUUGCAGCUCCAACUGCUCCACCCAGUGCUGGGAAGGACAUGUCAGGAUUACCAAAACCUGCUCAAACAAGAAAGGCUAAAGUGCUUUAUGAUUAUGAUGCAGCUGAUGACAGUGAAUUAUCGCUUCUCUCAGAUGAAAUCCUUACAGUCUACAGCUUACCUGGAAUGGACAAUGAUUGGAUGAUGGGUGAACGUGGACAGCAGCGUGGCAGAGUACCUGUUACUUACCUGGAGUUGAUUGAUUGAAUAUUAUAGAAGAUAUCCAUCAGACAUGGAAAUCUUACCAUUAAAAGCUUUUAAAUUAGUAUAAGUGACAUUCAAAACACUUAAAAACCUUACAUCAUUUACUCUUACUAGAGACUUGGAAAAGUCCAACAUUAAACUGAGAAUUUGCAGACAAUAAAUCCCUUUUGUAUUAUUUGCUUCAGUAUGAGCAUGAAGGGAAAGAAAUUCAUAGAUGGAAAAUUGUGAAUCUAUCUAUAGAAUUUAUUUUGUAGCCUUUUAAAAUGUUGCUUUUUGUUGUUCGUGAUUUGCAAUUGGGUGUGGGGUUUGAAAUUGGAAGAUUUUUUGGUCUAUCAAAUUAUAUUCUUUAUUAGCCAAGUCAUGAUUUUUUUCAGAAAAUGAAGCAAAUAGUUUUCAUUUGCUGUAGAAUUUAAUCACUGAAACCAUAGUUAAUAGUGAGGUCAGUCCUCUCUAGUAACUAUGCUGAAACUUAUUAGUACUGUAUUGUAAAAAGCAUGGGAAUUAUAAUUGUUAUUAAAAUUAUAUUAUAUAGA